AAAUAGGAGGAGGAAGAAGAGAGGAACCAACGCAAUAUCGCAGUACUUGUAGAAAAAAGUUUGAAAAAAGAAUAUAAAAAUAAUAGAGAGGGAAGAAUAUAUAGAACCACUUUUUCUCCUUCAGUAGAGCCUGAGAGAGAGAGAGAGAGGGCUGGAGAUCGAUGGAGGAGAACCAGAGAAGAGCAAAGGAGAAAUCAAGCUUUGCAGUGACUUGCAGUUUACUUAGCCAGUUUCUUAAGGAGACGCGCAGUCAUGGCGACCUGCAGGGGAUCGAUAGGCUUUAUCAGCAACAGGAGAAGGCAAAAGAUUUUUAUCAACCGCCAACAACGAUGAAUCUGUUUCCGGGCUCAGAUGUAUCAGCCGAAACCCGAAAUAACUUCAACUCAGAGGAGUUUUCGGAACAAAACGCUACGAUAUUUAUGGAUCCCUCUACUGAAGACACAGGCAAAGCUUCAAAGCAUGGCGAACAAAAAAGGGAGAAGGAGAAGAAUGGUCAGUUAACCAUAUUUUACGAUGGGAAAGUGAUGAUCUUCGACAAUUUUCCGGCCAUGAAAGCUAAGGACUUGAUGAAAAUGGCAAGCAAAGGGAUGGUCUUCCAUCCUCAAUCUGUCAACGUUAACUCCGCCAACACCGGAGCUACGGCGGCUCCACCGUUGCCGCCGGAGGCUAGAGCUUCUGAUCUGUCCAUGCCUAUUGCAAGGAGGGCUUCUCUUCAUAGAUUCCUGGAGAAGAGAAAGGAUCGGAUAAAUAGCAAUGCACCUUAUACAGUCAAGGGCUUGCCACAAAUGGAACCAACAUCAGAAAUGAAGCCAGAGAAGAACCUAUCAUGGCUUGCAUUGGGCCACAACUCAAGCUUCAGUUCAGACUGACAUAAAAUUUGGACAGCCUUAAGACAAUUAAUGAUGAUUUGGUCAUUAAAAUGUUUUAUCAUUAGUUUGAAAUUUGGUAUAAUGUAAGGCUUUCUUAUUACUUUCUAAAAUAGUUUUUUAAUAUAAAGAUGUUUAGAAAGCGGCAAAAAAGUGAUUUUGUUUAAUAGUCUGUUUUUCUAUGUUUUUUGGGGUAAUUUAGAACUUAUUGGCAGUUAAAGAAUUUUGCUUCUCUUUGGGAUAUAGAUUAUCUUAAUUUUUCCUUCAA